UGAACGUCCUCGAUCAGUUGACUGCCAACUUGCAUUGCGCAAAGAUCGUCUUUUUUGUUGGCACCGGUGCCGCCGCGGUGGUUGUUGAUCAACAAAGCUCUCGCGACGCCAUAAGGAUGAGUCCGAACCCAACGCGGGACUGGGAACCGCUUGAGCAUACAUUGUAUGUGCGGUACGAUGAUCAGUUUGUUUUUCACUUUGAACCGUUCUUUGAGGAUCUGCCGUACGAGGUGAUGGUCUACCUGAUGCAGUUCUUGAACCACGCUGACAGACAUGCCAUGGCGCAGGCUUGCAGAGGGUUCUACGAAGGCUUGAAGCAUCCGUUCUUUAUGAGAUCGUCCGUGCUGCACAUUGACAACAUAGAGUUUGAGGACAAUGUCGAGCCUGUUCGGACCUUUCUCACGGCAUUCCGGUACUUUCCAAACAUCAAGCUAACGAAGAUCGCUUUUGGCAAUCGAAGUGAUUUUUGGGCUGAACUGGGCGAAUCUAUGGAAGAGUUGUCCUUCGAUAAUUGCAUCAUUUGGAAGCAAAAGCUGCUGUCGAUCCUCCGAUAUACGUUCCGCCUAAAGCGUCUCGCGAUCGAGAACUGUCCGGACCUGUUCCGCUCGUGGAAGGUCCUGGAGAACCUUACCGUAAUGUACAUCCCAACGCUACCGGCGUUGACUCACAUAAGUCUGGCGGGCAACAACAAACUAGAGGAGCAUCAUUUCGAUUUCAUUGUCGGAAUGGCGCCCAAACUCGACUCGCUAAAUGUGUCCAACUGCUUCAAGGGUAUCGAAGCUGGGCAGCGUUUUCGCAUGUUGGGACACGUUUUGCGUUUCUUGGAGCAGCGCCAGCACGCGAUCAAGCACUUUUACAUUGGCGACACGCCAGUAGACAAUUUGUUUCUGCGCCACCUCGCGGACAUCAAGGGACUCCGUCUAAAAAGCUUGUCGCUGAUGAUCAACGAUCGCAUCCCGCAAACGGAAGCCGGCAUCAUGGAUCUGUUCCAACUCCAAACCAACCUAACCUAUCUCGAUCUCACCAGGUCACUCGAAGUGCACGACACCGCUCUAAUGCAAAUCUCCAACAGCAUGCCACUGCUAGAAACCCUCAUCCUUAACCGUUGCUGGAUGAUCUCGGACUACGGAAUUGGCUCAAUCAAGAAGCUAACCCGUCUCAAGCACAUCGACCUCACCAACUGCGAACGCAUCUCCGACUGUGGAGUUCUGGAGGGCAUUCUAACCCACAACCGUAAACGCCUCCGAAAGCUCUACAUGGGUCUGCUAACCAACAUCGGAGAAGUGGUCUUCACGAAGAUCGCGUUCGACCUGAACAACCUUGCCGUGCUCGAUCUAGGAGGUUGUUCCAACUGCAUCAACGAUCGUUCGAUUCAGUACAUUUUCUACCACCUGGCAGGUCUGCAAGAGCUGAACGUGGACUGCUGUGCAAAGGUUUCCGACGCCGGCCUCACCGGGAUCGACCUGCCCGAGUGUGCGAUCGCAAUCUGGGACCUGCGGAUGACGUUUUCGAUUCAGAACCUGAAGCGGCUGCGCUAUCUCAACCUUAAUGGGUGCUUUCGGGUGACGGAUUUGACGUUUGUGCGGAAGUUUCGGCUGCGGGAGCUUAGGGAGCUGGUGCUGACGCGGUUGCUGAUCACCGACCUCGCCGUGCAAUCCUUCGUCCAGUCCUGCCCCUCGCUGGAGAUCAUCGACUUUAGCGAGAGUCCCAACAUCACCGAUCUGUGCGUGGAACUCGUCGCUCGACACUGCCGCCGGUUGACCACGCUGAAGCUGCACAACUGCCCGCUGGUGACGGACGCCUCCCUCGCCGCCCUCAUCAAGCACUGCCACGAGCUCAAACACCUCAACAUUCGCGGAUGUCCCGAGAUUACGCCCGAGGGCGAGGCCAAACUGGUCGCAAUUCCGACGCUGCGCCACGUGUUGGUCAACCUGAGGGAUUAGCAGUUGUCCUAAGUCGGUAGCCGUGAACCAGCGAGAAGUUAAGGUAGAUUAAGACAAGUAAAACACGGCCAACGAGGGACCGAGAGAGGAGCAAAAACAGAAGACAAAAAAAAAAACAGCAACUCGGGAGGAAAAAUCAUAAAAAAGUGAACGAAAACACACCGGAGAUGCAUACAAUAAACGUAUUAAAUCA